AUUUGCGUCUAUUGUUUGUGUUACUUUAGUCCAACACGUUGUGUGUCACAUCAUAGUUAGUAAGUACAGGUAGCCGUCGUACAGGGCUACCUGUCCUACAAAAGCCGUCGCAAAUCGAAUCGGCCUAAAAUGAACCAUUAAUUACAGUGAGGUAACUGAGUUUAGUUCUAUAUGAUUGUACUUAGGAUCACCUCAGGGCAACCCCCUAAGCCCUAUAAUGUUCAAUGUAUACAUGUGUUCCAUCAUCAAUGUAAUUCCCAAGGGAAGAGAAUUACUAACAUAUGCAGACGACCUUGCAAUAUGUUCCUCAGGCUCCGAUAUCAACAUUCUGAAAGGAAAACUAAAGACGUUUCACUGAGUGUGAAAAACUCCAUUCAAACUGCUCUUCACAGUAGAUUUAUAUGCCAUUUAUCGAACAAUUUUCAUAACAAAUAACAUUAAUACUGGGAUGAACAUUGCCAUCCUCAAGGACUCGCUCUCUUCUAUUUGCGGAAUCACUAGUAUGUGGACCUCCAUGAGGACUAACUCUUGGAGCAUGGACACUUACAGGAUGAGUCAUGGCCUAACUGUUAGAGGCGUUGCGAUUUGUGUUUGGUACAGAGCCACGACGGAAUCAACGGAAACGAUGCUCCGUACCCUAGUCCGUACCCUAGUCCCAAUUCACCUCUACAGAGUUAGAUCUUCAAACUCAGGCUGCUGCAGUACCUUACAUAGGAACCAUGAAUCACAUUGUGUUCGAGUACUGGAAUCAUGCCGUGAUUACCAGAAUUCUUCUACCAGUUUUAAUAGAAUAUAUAAAUCUGGUUACAUUUGGGAUCAGUUUUGCAAUUAGCUCUUUCGUCAUUCACAUUCAAAGUUGAUAAAUUAUACAA